AUGCCGCCCUUUCUGAAAUUUUCCUCCGCCAACGUUUGUGCCAUAAUUUUCUUUGUACUGCAGACCGUCGUUGCAGUGCAACGUUAUGAUCAACUGCCCCACGAUGGCGGUUCGUAUUAUCGCACUUCCAGUUCUGGCGAAAUGAUAAGCUCGUCCGCUAUGACGAGUGAUACUUUUCCGCAUCACAAUCGCUGUGAGCCUAUUACGAUUUCUAUAUGCAAAAAUAUACCCUAUAACAUGACAAUAAUGCCGAAUCUUAUUGGUCAUACAAAGCAGGAAGAAGCCGGACUGGAAGUGCAUCAAUUUGCGCCUCUCGUUAAAAUCGGUUGUAGUGCGGACUUACAAUUAUUUCUAUGCUCAUUAUAUGUGCCCGUAUGUACUAUUCUAGAACAACCGAUACCACCUUGUCGCUCGUUAUGUGAAUCCGCGCGUGUUUGUGAGACCCUCAUGAAAACUUAUAAUUUUAAUUGGCCUGAAAAUUUGGAAUGUUCGAAAUUUCCAGUUUACGGUGGUGAAGCAUUAUGUGUCGCUGAGAAUACAACAUCUUCGACUGCGUCACCAACGCGUACUAUACCAAAAGUGACGACGCGAAAAAAUUACGCCGGUAUGGAGGGUCCACAUCGAAAUAUCGGUUUCGUUUGUCCGGUGCAGCUGAAAACUCCACAAGGCAUGGGUUACUCGCUGAAAGUUGGAGAUAAAAAACACUCAUUUAAAGACGGAUUUGAUUUCCGACCAUUCUAA